AUGCUUGAUGCUGAAAUUGGUGGUGCAUCUACUGGAUUUCAUUAUAACCCACAAUAUAAUAUGCGACGAGCUUCUGGUCGACCUGAUGUUUAUCGUACACAAUUUGGAUCGUUAAGUGCUGAUGAAUAUCUUACACCAAUGUUACAACCACCACAACGCAAUGAUCAUAACAUAGCACGACGUCUUUCUAGAAAUUCGUUUCUCAUUCCUCCACAAACAUUUAGUCGUCAAGGAACAGACGGUAUGUUGAUUAAUAAUAUACUUAUUUAUAUUCUUCAAAGAUCUAGAUAA